GCGCCCAAUUUAGCUUUGGCGUCGCUCGGCAGGAAGGACCUUCCAAGGAGAAAUAUGGGUGGGUCUGUUGGAUCAAUGCAUUUGUCGUUGUCCACGGUCGACUGGAUCAUGAAAGACCCGCUUGCUUUCAUUAGCGAUCUGAGCCAGGCUUCUAAGCUGGUCAACGUGGCCCCCUUCGUGGAUGAGGUCAGCCACCAGCUUGUUGACAGUUGCAUCGCGCUCCAGGCGCUGUCUUGGAAAGAUGCUUUCGCCAGCUCCUCAAACGUCAAGGCCCACCAGACGUGUGAGUGCUGGACUUCUGGCCAGCGCAUGGCCCACUUUGCCUCGGCCUGCACGGGCCCUCCGCUCAACCUUGCAGGCAAGCUGCUCACGCCCGACUGGUGGCUCAGAAUGCGCAAAGGGCUCCGCCCGAAGAGGCCGGACGGGCCAGGCGGGGAGCCCCCGGCGGUGGAGGCCGACCAGCGGGCGGCGGUGGCGGAGACGUUCCGGCGGUCGGCCGUCGGUUUCGUGGCGUAUGCUGCGUCGGACGGGAUCGCGCUCGAUGCAGCUCGCAUGCCAGUCUCGCAGGUUCCAGGUAGGCAGGCCGAUGAAGCACGUGCCGACCGAGGCCUCGAGUUCGACGGAUCGUUCGCGACAGUCGGGGAGUGGUUGGCUCUCCAGGAUGAUGGUCCAUUGGUAAGCUGUGUCCAAUCGUUCUCGCCCUCGCUCGCCGACGCCCUGGUGCGCAAUGCCUAUCACAUCGCGCACUUGACAGCGAUCGGCCAGUCACGGCCCAGGAGACGCGAUCUUCUCUGUAUCAGGCCGUCGCCGCAGCAGCUUCGCAGGUUUAGAAACCUUCACCGUGCCGAGGACGGCGGCGGCGGCCACGACAGUGGCGACCAGGUGAUUGCAAUCGAGCCCGACCAGAAGUUGUCGCACACCAUAUCUUGUUUGAGGCACAGCAUUGGGCUCUCAGAUGUCAAGAACAUCAGAGAAUCUUUGAAGUCGGCGGCAUCAGCCAUUUCCUUGGAACUCGGCCCUGAGGCGACAGAGGUUUUGGAGAACUUCGCGAGCAAGGCCAAUCGAGAGGUCGUGCGGAAGGCACGCGUUCGAUUCGAUGUGUUCGCCAUGCACACGUGGAGAAGUUUCAUCAGCACCUUUCGCCCUGAGGAUAUAGAUUUGUCUGUGUAUGUCGACGGCAGCCCUCAGCACAGGGGGAAAGAGCUCUACGCUUCGACCGUGGACAUCUUCGCGCGGCGUGGAGAGAGACUGGAGUACUACAGCCGCCUGUGGCCCGCCAUUUCGUUGGGUAGAGAUCAGUUAGACACGAUCGGGAAGACAGUGGCUUUGUUGUGGCAAUUGACGUUGGUGUUUGGGCCGAAGCUCCUGCCGCGCAUGUUAGAGCGCAUCCGAGGCGUUUUGACUGACAGCGGCGUCGAGCGCAACAUUCAUAUGAUGACGAACUUCCUCCCCGAUUAUUAUUGGUUCAUCAGGAAACCAGUGCCGCGGGGGGUCAGGGCGAAUGGGCGCUUGAUGCCUCGUGUGAUACGGUCUAGCGGGUGGCGUCACGCCUUCGAUGUAGUAAUCAGGCGUGGUCUAUCAAUGUUGGACUUCUUCCCUGACUUGUUGACGAAGUUGAAGGCUCUUGUGAAAUUUCUCAGGGACAGGAAUAUGAUGGAAACGCUUGUUCAGGGUUUGCGUGGGCGGGGAUUGCCAGCUGUGGCAGAGACUGUCUCUGUAUUCACGUUCCCGAGUUUUGCCAAGUGGAGGUGGUCCACGCUCCACCAUUGCGUGACGCCCCUGAGCGAGAUCCUGGAGACCUUCAUCUCCGCGUUCGACCCCGCGUUGUUCCGUGGCAUGAGGGACCAGACGUUGUUCGGCACCAUUGUGGCGGCAUUGGGUUCAGAUCGGUGGGCCACGCGGGAAUUGUCUUUUGUGAAGUGGUUCACCGCGUGGUUGGCUCCUCUUCAGAACUACGUGGGCAGGUCGCGCCUCCGAGGGGCGCGCGGGGUUGGGAAUGAGGGCGCUAGCGACGAUAGCGACAUUGUCGCUAUCGUCGCUAGCGCCCUCGCCGAGACCGACGCGCGCGACGCCGCGGCAGUUGGCGACGCGCUCGCGAUGACAGCCGUGCUCGCGGCGCCAUCUUACCCGUGGCGGAUUUGGCAAGGCGGUUGGAACAAGCUCAAGCAUCUGCGUGACCGAGCAGCGUUCAACCCAGAGAAUGGCAAGAUACUUCGCAACUAUUUGAUGCUCACUCUGAAGACGUUCAUGUACAUGAGCAUUUUUGGGCCCAGCAGCGAUGGACCUGGCGAUCAGCAUUAUUUCAUGCAGGUGCUCAAGAUGCCUGGUAACGAUAUUAUCCCCGCUACGGUAGAAACCAGGGCAGUGAAAAAGGGUGCGUUCGGCAUCGUUGUGCAGUACUUGGAGGUGUCUACGGUCCAGGAGGACAGCGCGAAGUGGAACGCUUUCGCGCUGGAGGAGCCCGCCACGAUCGACAUCCUGGCAAUCACUGGUUCCGACUUGGGAGCUGUUGAUCGUCUCUUUACGUACUCCACCGUGGAUGCUGAUAUUCGUGGUUGCGUUGGCUUGGCCAAUAGGGAGUUGAUGCGUCCAGUGGCGGAUCUCUCUGCUUCAGCCGCGCCUGUCUUGUCAUUGAUGCGAGCUCUGCAGCUCGACGGCUGGAAACCUGUAAGACGGAUCGUCCAUCACAGCCCCGACAGCGACGAGAAGUUUUUUCGACUGCAUGGGGCAGCGAGCAAGCAGCGGUACUUCCAGUGCUUGCUGCAGUUGGAGCACUUGUUCGGCAACGGCGCGGUGUCGUUCAGUUCUGCACAGGUCCAAGUUUUUUAUGAAUUGCUGCUGCUGGCCCCGAGCAAGGCCGAACCUGGCCUCGCUGUCGGCGACUACCGUGGGCUUCUGGAAAUCCUGAAAGGCAAACGUACAGCUGCUGACGAGAUUAACGACGCCGUUGCCAGGUUCGACGUUAAAAAGCAGAAGGUUGUCACCACCAAGUUCGAUGUCAAAGAGCAGGCGGGGAGCGACGACGAGUUCGUCGGCGGCCCCGCCGUGCCGCCGCCAGCCUCGGACAUGAUUGUUCCUGACAUGGAUGCGUCCGUGGCGGCGGAGUGUGCCAUAUUGGGUCACAGGUGCCGCGCGGAGUCCGACUUUGUCAAAGGAUCAGUUGGCUUGCGGGUCGAUUGUUGCAACCCAGAGCAUCCUGGUUGCGGCAGGUACCGCUCGGUGAAGAUCGAGCUGGCUGGCUACGGCAUUUACUCUGCCGAGGUCUUCCUGGCCGCGUGGCUCCAGAGGGCUCCGCACGUGGACGGCGUGGCGCACAGGCGGUUCACGCCGCCCAAGAGUCAGCUGAAGGAGGUCAAGCGCUUGAAGGCUGGGAUCCGCCGCAAGGACAGGCUGCUGAGGACGGUUGCCCAUCGGCUGAGGACGGUUGCCCAUCGGCUGGAAGCUGCCACGGAGAAGAAGCGCAAGGAACACGCUGUGAACGUCGAACAGAGCAAGGCCAAGAUGAGGCGCGAGGGCGAUGACCUGCGGAAGGUCGCCGCCGUGUGCCCGCCAGCGAUGGCCAUGGAGUCGGAAAGGAUGCGCAGUUUCAAGGCCCAGCGCGUCCCGACGGCGACGCCAGCCACGCAUAUCCCGAAGGAGGGGCGUGAGACGGAGAGCAAGCCAGCCAAGACCAAGAACCAUACGGGCGCAGGCAGCAGCAGUACGGCGGCCCGCCAGGCAGCAUCGACCGCAGGCAGCAGCACGAAGGAGAAGCGCCUCGCGAAGAAGACGCCUGACCCGAAGAGCCGCAAGGAGAGCGACACCGUCCCCGAGGCUGAGCGGCUUUUGGAGGGGGACCCGCACUUCCAACACAUAGAGAGCGGGUGGAAGGCGGAGCAAGCGUUCCUGGACGCUCAGAUGGCCCUCGAAAUGAGCAUUCCAGCUGGCGAGGGCCAGCAGGGGCGCGCGGGGCUAGGCAUGGUCUCUGGCAGCGCGAGCGUUCACGGCUCGGAGCUGUCGGGGGGUGGGGCCACUGCUACGUGUUUCGCUUGCGACGGCGUUGGGCCGUGCACGAAGAAGUACAGGGACAAGUGGAUGCACGAGGUGUGCAUCAACGGCGUCCGAUCUUACGCGAGGCAGGUCUUGAACUCCACUGGCAGCUUGACCGUCAUGGAGCGCGAGAUGGACGAGGACCCACCUGCCUUCCGAGCGAAUGUGGCGCCUUUCGUGAACACCACUGGCGGCUCCGACGGACGCAGGGCUGCUCGCGCGUUGUUGUCGCAACCACAGCUUGCCGUGGGGCAGUCUGCAUUCCCUCCGAUGAGCAAGACUGACACGUAUCUGCGGGGUUCUUCCAAUGAGUACGUCGACACGCUCUUGGUGCUCAACGAGACCCGCUACAUUAGUUACCAUAUGUUUUGGGAUCGCAUCUCAGAGGAGGAAGCCCGUGUGCUGGCCCAUGCUGAGCAGGGGGGCGGGUGGGGCGCAUCCGACGGCGAAGCCAGGGUCCAGGUGAAAGACAAUUUCAAGGCUCGCAAGAAGAGGAAAACUGCCAGCACGUCUUCUGUCGACGAGAUGUCGGCGAUCAGCGAGCCAGAGUUCAGGCGCCUCCGCAUCGCGCACCAGAUCAUCCCGCCAGUGGCAGACGAGCCAGUCCCUGGUCUCGGCGCUGGUCGGCGGCAGGACGGCGACGAGGGCGGCGGCCAGAAGGACAAGGACGGCUCGUUGAAGCAGAAGGCUGCCUUGAAAAAGAGGCCCGCUGCAGUGCAUUCGGAGGUCUUCGGCAAGGACGGGUAUCACACGAAGAUGAUCAAGAUGUACUCCCAGUGCGACGACGGCUCUGGCACGCUCGAGAGCGACGAGGACAUUAAGAUUGAGGCGUUCAGGAAAUACGUCAAAGCUUUGGGCGAACAGAUGAAGAAGAGCCAGGUUGACAUCGAGAAGGCCAAGCCUGACAGUUUCACGAAGUGGGGUCAGGACUUCACUGCUUACGAUGCCGAGUACAAGGCCCUGAUCAGCACGUACAGUAAGAUGGAGUCCUGUCUGAACUUCUUCACGCAGGAGAGGGUUUCGUCUGCUCGCAGCGCCAAGUUGAAGAUUCGCCACUUCAGGGACCGCUUGGUGACCAGCAUGAAGGACAAGGGGUUCGACCCUCAGUUCGCGAAGAUCUUGGUUGAGAGGGCUUGCCAGCUCAACGAGGUGUUCGUGCAGACGGUGUCGCUCGUGCAGACCGCCGACAUGGCGGCCAAUGAGGCAAGCGAGCUGCAGAAGAAGGCUGACGGGAGCGUCGGCGCAGGUGGCUCGUCUGACGUCGCUGCCACGGUGCCCGAUUCAAAGCCGAAGAUUGCGAGGAUGCCGAUUCCAGAGGUCGACGCCAAGGGCGGCGCCGUGGUCAUCGAGCGCGCCGUGACGGAGUUAAGCGUCAUUGACGCCCUGAGGAUCAACGAUAAGGUGCUGCUCAUCGACGAGGAGGGCCACGACUUGUUCGCGCAGGCCAUCGCCUACCAGACAGCGGCCCCCGACAAGCCUGAGAAGAAGACUGCCCGCGCCGAGGCGAGGUUGCAGGAUAACGCUACUUGGGUCGGCCUUUCAGGGAAGCUCGCACCGCCUCCUAAGGAGCACGACUCAGAGCUGCUCCAAGAUGACAUCCUACAGAAUCCAGCGUGCUCGGCGUGGCUCCUCUCUGUGAUGAAGUUCGCGUGGGGCUGGGGGCCCACGGGGGUUCCGCUUGCUGGCAUGGAGUGCCUGCUGCAGUCCCUGGGCUCCAACGCGUUGGUGACAUUCUUACCGAUUGCGUCCUUGCUCGAGUCUGGCAUCGUCUUGGAGAACGUGAAGGCAUUCAUGGAGACAGGGUCUGGCCAGGCUUGGGUCAAGGGCAAGACUACGACGAUGCUCUUGGUGAAGGGCGCCAUCGUGCGCAUCCCCGCUGGCAUCUUCCCGUUGGUUCACUACGCGGCAGUGGGCGCCCCAGAGACGGCUCAGGGCGAGGGCGAGAGCGCCAACCAGAAGGACGAGGUGGUGGCACUGCACGCGUGGCAUUUGCCGCUCUGGCGCGCUGAGGCGAUGAAGUCGCUGCCACCCGCGGUGAGCCGCGCGAUCCACUCGCACGGCCAGAAAUUGUUGGAGGAGCAGUCUUCGUCGAAAGCCUGGGCGGAGCGCGCCAAAUUCCAUGGCAAGUGGUUCAAG